CCUGCUCCCCCCCGUCUCGCGACUCAACUCCCAGUCUCUCCCACUCUUUCUCUCCACUUCAUCUCCAGUCUUUUCGCUGUCCCUCGCUCUGUCUCUGUCUUUCUCCCGCAACGCUCUUUGCAUCGUCGCUCGCUUUUUAGGUCAGGCUCCUCCAGCCCAGUCACUCUUUUACACCUCCUCGUCGCGAUCCCACAUCCAGAGUACUCGUCCCUCUCUCGCUCCGGCAAUACUCUCGUUGUUUGUCGUCGAUUCACUCGUUCCGCGUCGACUUUGCGCUCACUCCCAACACACGACCACCAUUGAGUCUAUUGUCUUUCGGAAAUUUCGAGAAAAGACUCUAAUCCACCGAUUACCCGAUCGAACCAUUUUCAAUCACCACUGAACCCCCCGGCAAAUCCGCUUUCGCAAUGCAUAUCCGCUCACUCGCCUCUGUGGCCUUCGUGGCCUUCGCUGCCCAGGCUUUCGCGCAACAGCAGACCAAGAUCUUCAAGCGCAGCAUCACCGCCGGAAGAGAUUUGGGCCUCAUGCGCCGCGCCGACGACGGUUACCAGCCCGCCGACGAAGUCUGCAACAAGGGUGGUAACACCUGCGCUGAGGCCUGCGGAACCGGAUAUGAGCAGUGCAAGUCCACCGACCAGGCCGUCCACUGCUUCAACCCGGCCGCCGGCGAGACUUGCUGCUCAACCACCACCGGAAACUCCUGCUUAUCAUCUUUCUACUGCACCCACGGCAGCAACAGCGACACGACCUGCUGCCCCAACGGCAUGAACCUCGCCGACUGCGCCGCAAAGCACGGCGUUAGCGGCCUCACUUCCGACCCACCCGUCGUCGCGAGCACUUCCGUUCCUCCCACCACCAGCAAGACCACCCCUCCCCCGACCACCAGCUCAACGCCGGCACCGCCCACCACCACCUCAUCCUCGGUCGUCGUCACCACCUCCAGCACUCCCGCCCCUUCUUCCACCCUGAUCCCCUCUACUUCCGCGGUGCCCAGCACUACCGAGGUGACCACCGAGGUCCCAACGACCUUUGUUCCCAGCGCCGGUACCAGCACAGCCUUCGCCUCAAGCAACGGCACCACCCUGGCCACGACAUCGACUCGCUCCAGCACGAGGAGUACUGUCUUCCCUUCGGCGGCGACCACCUCGGCAUCUGCCCCGGAUCAAAACGCUGGAAGCAGCAACGGGCCCGCCGGCAUGGCGGUUCUCCUCGGUGCCGCCUUUGUCGCUGCGCUGCUCUGAUAAUUUACAACUGACCCGUUUGGAACCGCUGCCCUGGCAUCGACUCUAAUCUGUUGCUUCAAGCAAUUUCAUCCGUCAAUACCAGGGUCAGUGUGCCAUGUGUCACGAGUAUAAUGAAAA